AUGUCGAGCAUCGUCAAGGACAUCCUUGCGAGCCCGAUACAGAUGGCGGACCAGAUAUCAAAGUUGGCGGAGGAUGUCCCCAAUUUCAAGGACGAUUGUCAGACACUCAAGGGCAAGACAGAGAAGCUCUCCGCACUUCUCCGCCAGGCCGCAAGAAACAGCAACGAUCUCUACGAGCGCCCCACACGCCGCAUCAUCGAAGACACCGAGCAGGUCCUCGACAAAGCCCUCACCCUCGUGAUCAAGUGCCGCGCCAACACCUUCAUCAAGAGGCUCUUUACCAUCAUCCCGGCCACCGCCUUCCGCAAAACCUUCUUGCAGCUCGAGAAUUCCAUCGGUGACGUCCAGUGGCUCCUUCGCGUCUCGGCUUCCGCGGAGGAGCGCGACGACGAGUAUCUCGGCCUUCCUCCCAUCGCCUCCAACGAGCCCAUUCUCUGCCUCAUAUGGGAGCAGGUCGCCAUCUUACUUUCUGGCUGCCCCGUGGAAGAACGUGCAGACGCUGCGGCUUCCUUGGUUUCCUUGGCUCGUGACAACGACCGCUACGGAAAACUGAUUGUGGAGGAAGGUGGGGUGGCGCCGUUGCUGAAGUUGUUGAAAGAAGGGCGAUUGGAGGGUCAAGAGAAUGCUGCGAGGGCAAUCGGGUUGCUUGGGAAAGAUCCAGAGAGCGUGGAGCAGAUUGUUAACGCAGGUGUUUGCUCAGCGUUUGUGAAAGUCCUGAAAGACGGGCACAUGAAGGUUCAGGUGAUGGUCGCAUGGGCUAUUUCGGAGCUUGCGGCAAACCAUCCCAAGUGCCAGGAUCAUUUCGCCCAGAACAACGCCAUACGCUUGCUUGUUAGCCAUUUGGCCUUCGAGACCAUUCAGGAGCACAGCAAGUACGCCAUUGCCAACAAGAACAAAAUGUCCUCCAUGGACCCCGACGAUGAGCACAGAAAGGCCUCUCUUGAUGAUCAUCGCUACAAACCUGCCCACCCCAUGGGGGGAAAUCACGCCUCUAGCCAGAUGCAAAAUCUGGUUACCAACACAUUCAUGGCGCAGGGGCAACAGCAACAGCAACACCAUCAUGUGUCCAUUGCAGGAACGAGCAUCAAGGGAAGAGAGGCAGAAGAUCCGGCCACAAAAGCACAGAUGAAGGCCAUGGCAGCGAGAGCUCUUUGGCAGCUUUCCAAGGGUAACCUCACCAUCUGCAGGAAUAUAACGGAAUCCAGAGCUCUUCUGUGUUUCGCGGUUCUGCUGGAGAAAGGGCCCGAGGAUGUGCAGUAUUACUCGGCAAUGGCGCUCAUGGAGAUCACCGCAGUGGCAGAGCAGUAUGCAGAGCUGAGACGCGACGCCUUUAAGCCCACCUCCCCUUCCGCAAAGGCUGUUGUGGAGCAGCUGCUUAAAGUGAUCGACAAAGGUGAAUCGAACCUUCUCAUUCCUUGCAUAAGAUCCAUUGGCAACCUAGCAAGGACCUUCCGUGCAACGGAGACUAGAUUGAUUCCCCCAUUGGUGAGGCUUCUUGACGAGAGAGAGGCCCAAGUGUCCAUGGAGGCCGCUAUUGCUCUCAACAAGUUUGCCUGUACCGACAACUUCCUCCACGAGACUCACUGCAACGCCAUCAUCGAGGCUGGCGGUGCCAAGCACCUCAUCCAACUCGUUUAUUUCGGUGAGCAGAUGGUGCAGAUUCCCUCCGUCACUCUUCUGUGUUACAUAGCUCUGCAUGUCCCCAAAAGUGAUAUUCUUGCUCAAGAAGAGGUUCUCAUCGUCCUUGAGUGGUGCACCAAGCAAGCACAUCUAAUUCAAGAUCCUUCCAUUGAGUCACUAUUGCCUGAAGCCAGAAUCAGGUUGGAACUUUAUCAGUCAAGGACUACAAGAGUAGGAGUAGGAUUCCGCUAG